AUUCCAUCGAACUCUGACGGGGCGGAGCGUUUUGUUUCUUGUCUCCGUCUGUCGCCGGCUCACCUAUUGAUUAGCUGUGUUCAGUGAAAACCUUUCCGAAGACGGAGUUUUAUUUUAUUAUUCGUAGUAGUAUUUUUUUAACCAGAGGAUUAUACAAAGUGCAUCACUGCGACAAGACGAGUCUGCCGUACAGCGAGGUACCGUGGAGCGUACACUACGAAGAUGGACUCGGAAGAGCGACGUGCCCUCCGAGUGGAGGGCCGGUCUUUGGGGCCAGGGCUGGGGCUGCAACACUUGAUGAGGCCGCGGGGUGUUUUAGUGCUCCUGCUGGCAGGCCUGACCGCUCUCGGACACUGCAAGGACUGCGACAAGCCGUGUAUCAAUGGACAGUGCAGCACUGCUAGCGGCACUUGCCUCUGCGAGCCAGGCUGGGUCGGGGACCAGUGCCAACACUGCGGGGGACGCUUCAGGCUGACUGGAUCCUCUGGAUUCUUAACAGAUGGGCCUGGCAACUACAAGUACAAGACUAAGUGCACCUGGCUGAUAGAGGGAAAAGCCAACACCAUCCUCAGAUUGCGGUUCAAUCAUUUUGCCACUGAGUGUAGCUGGGAUCAUCUUUAUGUUUAUGAUGGUGAUUCAAUAUAUGCACCCUUACUGGCUGCAUUUAGUGGGCUUAUUGUUCCAGAGAAAUAUGCAAAUGAGACUAUACCAGAGGUGGUUUCCAAGUCAGGCUAUGCCCUUCUGCACUUCUUCAGUGAUGCAGCCUACAACUUAACAGGAUUCAACAUCUCCUACAGGAUUAAUUCUUGUCCCAAUAACUGUUCGGAUCAAGGGUUGUGUUUACUGAAUGACACGACCAAAGAGGUCUUAUGUCAAUGUAAAGAAAACUGGAAAGGAGAAGCCUGUGACAUCCCUUACUGCAUUGAGGACUGUGGCACCCCAGACCAAGGCAUAUGUGCCAACAUUAGCAAACGCUGCCUUUGCAAUAGUGGGUGGCAAGGUCCCGAUUGUUCCAUUCCCAUGCCCGCUAACCAGUCAUUCUGGACCAGAGAGGAAUAUCCUGUUCAGAGCCUAGCACGUGCCUCACAUAAAGCAGUGGUGAACAACAACAUCAUGUGGGUGAUUGGAGGUUAUGUGUUCAAUUAUUCAGACUACAAGAUGGUUAAAGCGUAUGAUCUGGUUUCUGAAGAGUGGCUGCCUCUAAAUCAGUCUGUAGACUCUGAGAUUGGCAGAUAUGGACACUCUUUAGCAUUGUUCAAGGACAAAAUCUAUAUGUAUGGUGGUAAGAUUGACUCUACAGGGAAUGUGACAAACCAGCUGUGGGUGUUUUAUAUUCAGAACCAGUCCUGGGUGCUUGUGAACCCAAAGGCUAAGGAGCAGUAUGCUGUUGUAGGGCAUUCUGCGCACAUUAUCAGGCUACUUGAUGAGAGUGUGGUCAUGCUUGUCAUUUUUGGUCACUGCCCACUAUAUGGCUAUAUUAGCAAAGUACAAGAGUAUAACCUUGCAACAAAUGAGUGGAGUAUCCUCACAACUCAAGGCGCCCUUGUUCAGGGAGGCUAUGGUCACAGCAGUGUCUAUGACUCUAAAACCCGGGCCAUCUACAUCCAUGGCGGCUACAAGGCGUUCAGUGCCAACAAAUAUGGACUGGCAGAUGAUCUUUAUAAGUAUCAGGUGGAUACACGCAUGUGGACAAUUCUCAAGGACAGUGGCUUUUUCCGUUAUUUGCACACUGCAGUCAUUGUUAGUGGGACAAUGCUUGUUUUUGGAGGAAACACGCAUAAUGAUACUUCAAUGAGUCAUGGUGCCAAAUGUUUUUCUUCUGACUUCAUGGCUUAUGAUAUCGCUUGUGAUGAGUGGUCAGUGCUGCCCAGACCAGAUUUACAUCAUGAUGUGAACCGAUUUGGACACUCUGCAGUCUACAGCAACAGAAUCAUGUAUAUAUUUGGGGGUUUCAACAGUCUGCUUCUCAGUGAUGUUUUGAUGUUCACACCAGCCAGCUGUGCAGCCUUCCUAAGUAACAGCACCUGCACCCAAGCUGGUCCAGGCAUCCGCUGCCUGUGGAAUGCUACUUUGGAGAAGUGUUUGUCUUGGGAGUCUGCCAGCCCAGAGGAGGAACAGCAAGUCAUCUCAAUGUGCCCAGCUAAAGCAUUUGCUGACAAUGAGAAAUGUGAUCAGUAUACUGACUGCUAUAGCUGCACAGCGAACACAAAUGGCUGCCAGUGGUGUGGUGACCAAUGCAUUUCCAUGAACAGCAACUGUACUGCGGUACCGAAUCCAAUUUCUGAGUAUGAGGCAUGCCGCAAAGAUAACCCAGAGUAUGUCUGCAAUAAGAAGACAAGCUGUAAGAGCUGUGCCAUGGAUCAGAACUGCCAGUGGGAGCCACGAAACCAGGAGUGCAUUGCCCUUCCAGAAAAUAUUUGUGGGGAGAACUGGCACCUGGUUGGAAACUCAUGUUUGAAAUUUACAACGGCCAAAGACAACUAUGACAAUGCUAAGCUGUCAUGUCGCAACAACAAUGCUGUACUGGCAUCUCUAACAACACAGAAGAAAGUGGAAUUUGUUCUUAAGGAGCUACAAAUUAUGCAUGUCUUGUAUAAAGCCACAGUGACUCCUUGGGUAGGCCUACGCAAAAUCAAUGUGUCUUACUGGUGUUGGGAGGAUAUGUCUCCUUUUACCAACACAUCUCUACAGUGGUUACCUGGAGAACCCAGUGAUGCUGGCUUUUGUGGAUACCUAGCUGAGCCCUCCCAGUCAGGCUUGAAAGCAGCCACCUGUGUCAACUCUGUCAAUGGCAGCUUUUGUGAACGUCCAGCAAAUCACAGUGCCAAACAGUGUCGCACCCCUUGUGCCUUGCGUGCCACUUGCAGUGAAUGUACCAGUGGAAGUUCUGAGUGCAUGUGGUGCAGCAACAUGAAGCAGUGUGUUGACUCAAAUGCCUAUGUGGCCUCCUUUCCUUUUGGGCAGUGUAUGGAGUGGUACACAAUGAACAGCUGCCCACCUGAAAAUUGUUCAGGUUACCGUACAUGUGGCCAGUGCUUGGAUCAGCCCGGUUGUGGGUGGUGCACAGACCCCACCAAUACUGGUAAAGGACAGUGUAUAGAAGGCUCGUACCGUGGCCCAGUCCAGAUGCCUAUUCCCAGUUCCUUCCAGGAGCCUGCUCUCAAUGCCACCAUGUGUCCAUUUGACCACAAAUACAAUUGGUCUUUCAUCCAGUGUCCAGCUUGCCAAUGUAAUGGCCACAGCAGAUGUAUCAAUGAAAGCGUCUGUGAAAAGUGUGAAGACCUGACCACAGGGAAACAUUGUGAGACCUGUAUUUCAGGCUACUAUGGAGAUCCUACUAAUGGAGGCACAUGCCAGCCCUGCAAGUGCAAUGGCCAUGCAUCCAUCUGCAAUGCACAAAGUGGGAAGUGCUUCUGUACCACCAAAGGAAUUAAAGGGGACAAGUGCCACCUUUGUGAAGUCGAAAAUCGAUACCAGGGAAACCCACUAAAGGGAACCUGCUACUAUACCCUGCUAAUUGAUUAUCAGUUCACAUUCAGUCUAGCCCAAGAUGAUGACCGCUACUAUACAGCCAUUAACUUUGUUGCUACUCCUGAAGAACAAAAUCGGGAUCUGGACAUGUUUAUCAAUGCUUCCAAAAACUUCAAUCUUAACAUCACAUGGGCAACCAGCUUUGCAGCUGGCACACAGGCUGGAGAGGAGGUUCCUAUUGUAUCAAAGAAUAACAUCAAAGAAUAUAAGGACAGCUUUUCUAAUGAAAAGUUUGAUUUCCGAAACAGUCCUAACAUUACAUUCUAUGUGUAUGUCAGCAACUUCACCUGGCCCAUUAAGAUACAAAUUGCAUUCUCCCAGCACAGCAAUUUCAUGGACCUGGUGCAGUUCUUUGUGACCUUUUUCAGCUGCUUCUUGUCCCUUCUGCUGGUAGCAGCAGUUGUGUGGAAAAUUAAGCAAAGCUGUUGGGCAUCUCGGCGAAGAGAGCAACUUCUCCGUGAGAUGCAGCAAAUGGCAAGCCGUCCCUUUGCAACCAUCAACUUGGCCUUAGAGAUGGACGAAGAACCUCCUGACCUUAUUGGUGGAAGUAUAAAGAGUGUCCCCAAGCCUAUUGCUCUGGAGCCAUGCUUUGGAAACAAGGCUGCAGUUCUUUCCAUAUUUGUGAGGUUACCAAGAGGGUCUGGCGGUAUUCCUCCACCUGGGCAGUCAGGUCUCGCUGUCGCCAGUGCCUUGGUGGACGUUUCUCAACAAAUGCCUAUAGCAUACAAAGAUAAAUCUGGAGUGGUAAGAAAUCGAAAACACCAACCUCCGGCACAGCCGGGAACCUGCAUUUGACCUUUGACUUGACCCCAGCUAGACUCUGAGCUUUGAACAAGGAGAUGGGGCCAAGGUUGGGACUGAGCUUUGAUUUCUUUUGCUCAAGGGACAGGACAUAGUUCUCUUCUUUAGGAAUUGCAGCAACUAAUAAGUUAUUGGCUGGAUGAACUGAUGAUUUGAUGUCCAGUCAUAAAAGAAAUGAAGACAAAACAAAAAAGAAACACUUUGCUAUCAUUGUACAAAAAGACACGUGGAAAAGAACUCUGCCCUCACUUCUCAUUCUACACUUCUGGAAUCCAGAAAAAAAACAACUGUUGGGAAACCAACUCAAAAUUGUUUUACUUCUACUGUCAUCUGUUUUUUUUUUUUUGUUGUUGUUUUUUUUUAUUUAUUUAUUAUAAAUAAACCGUGUCUAGUCAUGUUUAACAGAACACUAACUGUAUGCAUGCACUAUGCCCUUAGGCUUUCAAGCGGCUAUGAGAACAUUUUUGCGUUACAAAAGCAUCACCUGAAUGUUGAAAAGGUCUGCUUACUCCUCGGAUAUAUGAAGUCAGGCAGUAGUUUGGUUAAGGACCCUUUGCAUCCAUUUAUCCAAUAAAUUUAAAAGCCUGAUUAAAAAAAUAAAUAAAUAAAUCACUUCGGACAAUAAUGGUAUUUAGAAAGAUAACAAGAUGAUGUCAGGUGUCACAUUUUGUCAUUCCAGUAUGCAAUCAUCUUGACUUUUUUUCCUUUCACUGUGUUUAUUUUUAUGAAUGACAUUGUUUUUGUUUGCUACAGCCUAAGUUGUACCAGGCAGCUACAAAUGUAUACUGUUGUUUAUUGAGUUAGGGGAGCUGGCCAAGUGUAUAUGUGAACCACACACUCACUGACCACGUACUAAAGCUGAAUUCAUGUGAAACCUCUUCAGCAGGGCUUCCUUAGUUGUGCAGAAGCAAUUAUAGAUGAAGAAGCAAUUUGGAACUAGGAGUUCUAUUGUCUUGAAUGCCUACCGUCCAAAUUUAAGAUACAAUCUAAUGUACUGUAUUUGUCCCACAUUGAGGCUCUCGUAAAUUGUACUGUAAUAAAGCUGAGAAUCUCCUUGUUAAACCAAGAUACGUUUGGACUGGAGAGAGUGACGUGUCAGACCCCCAUGUCAUAGCCAACUGCUCAUUGUCCAGGUAUCCCACCCACUCCUGCAGACCUAUACCCACCAGGCAUUUGUGAAGCGACUCCUGCAGUUCACCUUCUCAGCAUCUUUACUGCUGUGCUUCAUUAUUUAGUUUGUUAUUCUGUAGACUGUUCCAUUAAAUUUAAAAAAAAAAAAAAAAAGUCUUUCUUCAAACAAUAAUUUGUAUAAGCCACACAGAUAGCAAUAUAGAUUUUUUUCUAUUUUGAGGGAUACAGAGAGAUGAAGUAUGCGUAUGCAGUAAGUGACGCCGUUCGUCAAGCAAAUGGGCGGCCAGUCUGAAUUGAACAGAAAACCCCAUGAAGUGAGCAAGUGCUCCUCGUGACAGUUUUGCAGUCUUUAUGUGCAUGGCAUGCUGCCCGCUCGGUGAGUCCCACACUGGCAUUUCUGUCACUAAUUAGUUGUUGAGUAAUAUUUAAAAUACAGCUUUCCAUUGUUUUUUUUGUUUUUUUUUAACUUGAAAAUGGCAAAUCACUGCUUGUUGGAUUAAUUAAUUGUACAUGCAGGAUAAUUUUGUUUUUAUUCUGAUUUAUUGUUUUUUCUUAAUUUUCAUCACUUUUUUUAUUAUAAAGAAGUUUUGUUAUAAUUUAUAAGUCUUAAUUUAUUAUCAUUU